AUGUUCGACGCACCUUCGUUACUUCGUGGUGGUCACGUCACAUUCAGAAUCGCGCAACUGGACGUCAAGCAUCUAAAGAAUAUGGAUGGUGUGCAAGACCGUGUUGCGGAAAAUAUGAAGAAACUUCAAAACUACGUACAACAAACGAUUCACGAUUUGCAAAAUCCGGCCAAUUGCAGUGCGGCUCCGAAGCUCUUUUGUCCUCUCACGAACAAGUGCGGACUGGCAUCGGGUGUCCACAACCUCCUCUGGUGCUUGGUGGUGGCGUUGCGCAGUGGAAGGACGCUGGUAGUAGACACCUCCGAGUGGCACUACGCCACUGGAAACAAGUGGGUCAAGACGUUCCUCCCUAUCCUGGGCCCGUCUUGUGCGGAUGCCGACACGAGGAACACGACGAAGAACCCAAUCCCAGGAGCGGGUCAGGUUAGGGGGAACAUCGUUGAGCUUCCAUCCGCCAUCGCCGAACCCCUGGUGGCUAAUCAUGGAAGCCCCUACGCCUGGUGGUACGGACAGCUGAUGAGAUACAUACUCAGGCUCCAAGCUACCACGUUAAAGAAAAUCUCGGACUUCAAGAUGUCCAGGGGGUACAAGCACCCUAUCGUCGGAGUGCAUAUCAGGAGGUCGGACAAGUACCUGGAGGCAGUCUAUCACGAUGUCCAAGAGUACAUGGUUCACGUGGAGGAUUACUACGCCAAGCUUUCUCUUACAACGCACGUCGAAAAGAAGAGGGUGUUCGUGGCAACGGACGAACCCCGUGUCGUCAACGAGAUCCGAAAAAAAUAUCCUCAGUACAAGGUGAUCAACAACGAGGUGGUUUCCCGCCAGGCACGUGCCAGGACCACCAGUCGGAACAACACCGCGCUCUUCGGUGUAAUGCUCGACAUCACUCUGCUGGCCGAGUCGGACUUUAUAGUCUGCACAAUGUCCUCUGGGUUUUGCCGGGUGGCCUACGAGCUGAUGCAAACCCAACAUCCCGAUGCCUCGCUGAGGGCGACAUCUCUGGACGUGGAGUACUUCUUCGCAUUCGUCUCCUUCCCACCGUUGAAGGCGCUGUACGCCAACCGACCGGCGUCGGAGGAAGAACUUGGCUGGCCAGGGGCCGGCGUGCUGAUUAAGAGACCCUCGCACUUCUGGGCAUUCUACUACGCGUUAAACAGAAAGUACAACUACGGUUUCAACCCGGGUCGCCUAUUGAGCGCCUCCAAGAAGAGCAAAGCCAAACAGUAUCCUAGGUUUAAAACCACGCAGACGUACCCUGUUACAAAUUUCAAGGCCUUUACCGCGCCCUUACCUUAA